AUGUAUAGACUGACAACUGUCUUGAUCACGCUAUGCGCGAUUACCUUCACCGUUCUGGCUGCACCAAUACGGCUCAGUGGAACUGCGACAGUAUCACUUGAAAAGCGCGUCACACAUACAGGCGAGGGUACCUGGUUUGAAGUUGGCGACGGCGCCUGCGGAAAUACGGAUACGGAUAGUGAUCCUGUAGUUGCCAUUUCUGCCCAGAUCUAUGGUAGUGGAGGAAACUGCAAUCAGUGGAUUGAGAUCACCAAUACCGAUAACGGAUACACCGCGUACGGCCAGACGCGUGAUGAAUGCGAGUCUUGCGGUUCAGGUAGCCUAGACAUGUCUCCUAGCCUAUUUGAGAAACUAAGCACACUCGACACCGGUGAAAUCCCAAUUUCAUGGCACUUUAUGAGCAAGGGCUGGUCGCCAAGUUAA